UUACUGUAAUGGCUUAGCUAAUAGGUACCUAGCAGCAAUCCCUGGUGGGGUAAAGUUCCUCGAGACAUCUCGCUUAGCUGAAUUCUAACCUACGUAGGAGGUAGGUAACUUAGUCUGUAUGCAACUAUUAGAUGUGCGAUUACACAGGUAUACCGGUAUGUAUGUUAUUGCUUGCGGUAGAGGUAGGUAUUGUAGAUGGAAGCAUUAGGCGCCGACGCACGAUCUGUGUAGCAUAUCUCGAGGUCGGUUCCCAGAACCGACAACGCGUCCCGAGCUACCCCCGAGGUAGGUAUCUUCGACAGGCUUUGGCACAUAGCUCAACUAGGUGGGGUUUUUCUAUCCUAUAAAUAUCUUUACUAUACUUCGUACAUGCCUCUAUCCUAUGUUUUCUUCUUUCUUUUCCGGGGUAUACCCCCUCCCGCCUAAACGCC